AUGGCCCCCGACAGUCCUGUCAGGAACACCUCGCCUGGCAUGGCUGAGGUCGACACUGAGGCUCCUCCCUCUCCCUCUUCGUAUCCACCCUUGGGAGCAAUCAAAGUUAGCAGACAGUAUUUCUAUGAACUUACUAUCCGACGGAAGCUUGCAAACCAUGGAAACGAUGCGACGAGAGAGACCAACUAUCGCCUUCAAGGCAUAAACCUGAUUCAGGAGGUGCGCACGGCUUUGGGAAUGCCCAUCAAUACCUAUACUGCUGCUUGCACAUUCUAUCAUCGCUUUCGCCUCAAGUACCCCGGAAGCGAGUACAACUGCAAUGACGCUGCGCUGGCUUGCCUCUGGGCUGCAUGCAAGUCUGAGGAUACUCUGAAGAAGUCAAAGGAAAUCUUGUGUGCUAGCUACAACAUUAAGAAUCCGGGCAGCCACACCCAUCCCGAUGACAAGAUCUUUGAGAAUCAGGCCAAGAUGCUCAUUGGGCUCGAGCGGCACAUUAUCGAGACCUUACGAUUCGACUUCAGAGUGCGGUACCCGCAGACGAUCCUCUGCAAGCUUGUUAAAGAGAUCGCGGGAUCUGGAACCCUUGCCAAACAAUUCUACGGUAUGGCCUUCCAGAUGUCGGUCGACAUGUACAAGACAUUCGCACCGAUGAAGCAGACCACGUUCACUUGCGCUGUCAUGGUGGCUCAACUGACCUCACUUAUCACCAACCAAUUUCGUGACAAGUUCAUGGCCUUGGAUUUCGCGAAGUACCAUACUCGCUUGCACUUCGUCUCUGAAAUCAUGCUUGACGUCCUGGAUCUCUACACCGAUCAUCACAACUCCACCCUGCUCGGCAAGGUUUUUGACGUGCAGGUCUUCAUUAACGUUAAGAUCCGCGUCAACGCAAAGCUCGAAGAGUCUCGUACUGCCCGCUACUUCAACUAUUGCGCCAAAUGCUUCAGCAACCCUGCCCCCCCUUCUCCUUCCGACGGCUCACCCGCGUCGCCCCAUAGCACUGCAGGCACCAACAGUACCAUUAAGCGUGGGACUAGGAGACCCGAUGAGACUAUACGUUUCCUCUUUGAUGCUGCUGAGGCUCGCCACGAGCACGAGACUUACGAACAUCUUGUUGACGACGACGUGACCCUCGCCCGCCUCGAGAACCUCGUGGACACCCUCGAGAAUUCCCCCGAGAUGCCCCUCGCGAACCUCAUCGGGACCCCCCUCGAGACGCCCCUCGUGAACCCAGCGGACCUCCUCGAGACGCCCCACGCGAACCCCGUGGACCUCGUGAGAUUCGUGGUGGGCCCCGGGGCCCUCGUGGAGAUGGUCGUGGUCGUGGUCGAGGUGGAUCUGGCCCUGGCAACCGUGGCGGAUUUGGACCAGCUCGUGGAGGUCGAGGUGGAUUUGACCGUGGUGGUUUUGGACCAGCUCGUGGAGGUCGUGGUGGGUUCGACCCUGGUUGGCACCCUGGCAACCGCGAUCGCCGCCGAGAUCAGAGUCCCCGCCGACGCGGCCCAGAACCGCCAGAACCAGCAGCGCAGCCGCGCCCGUCAGCGCGAGUACGUCGCGGACCUCGAGCGCAGGGUCCGCGCGUACGAGGCCCGGGAUGCGCGGGCUACGGUUGAGAUGCAGCGCGCGGCGCGGGAGGUCGCGUGGCGAAAUGAGAGGCUGGUGGCUAUGUUAAGGAGUAGGGGGGUGUCUGCUGAGGAGAUUGAGAGAUUUUUGAGGGCGGGAGAGGGAGAGGGGGCGGCGGGUGAGGGUGAGGUGGGCUUAAUGAGAGCUGGUCGGGGCGUGGAGGUCGGGAGAGGCUCCGAUGGCCGGGCUGGAGCUGAUGGUGGCGAGUCUCGGGCUGGCUUGGGUAUGGAUGUCGCGGUCACACCGCUGUCUCCGCCGAGGGUAGCCCAGAGUUCGUCUGCGGUGGAUGUGGUUGGACGCGCAGCCCGGCAGGCCAUUUUCAGUCCCGCAAGCCCGGAAGCGCAAAGCAGUGUCGCUGAUCCUGCCGCCGCCGCGGAACCAAUGGACAACCAAGAACUCGCAGUGUGCAAUGGGGCAUUGAGUGUGUCUGGAUCGCACGAGAGCGCCGGUACAGAUUCGCGAGUGCUGAUGACGUCCUGCGAUGCCGCGGCUAGCAUCAUCGCCGAUUUUCAUGGACAUGGAGAUGCUACGGAGGCGCGGAUGAUACUGGGCUGUGGCAGCAAAAGCAACUGCCACGUCAAGAACACGCGGUUGUUUCAGCUCAUGGACGAAGCAGGUUGA